AUGAAAAGAUCGAUUACUAUUGAAUAUGUUGAUCUAUCUCAGAACCAAAUUACUGGAAAUAUUCCAAUCAUAAUCGAACCCUUUGAAAGCCUAAACUAUCUUGACUUGUCAAAUAACACAUUUCAAGGAGGCAUUCCACCAUCUUUUGGAAACUUGAAAGGAUUGGAUAUGUUAGACCUCUCAAACAAUAAUCUCUUCGGUGUAAUUCCUAAGUCUCUUGAGGCACUUCCAAACCUCAAGUAUUUGAAUGUGUUUUUCAACAAGCUAUAUGGAGAGAUACCAUCUAGGGGGCUUUUUGCAAACUUCACAGCUAAAUCAUUUUUAGGAAACAUAGGGCUUUGUGGGAAUCUAACUUUUGGAGUUCCAUCUUGUCCAACCCCAAGCUUCAAAGGAUCAAAGGUGAAACAAAGUCUGCUCAAAUAUUUUGUUCCUACCAUUGCUUCAAUUAUAAUUUGUCUAGCAUUGGUUUAUAUGCUGAGAAAACAUCGAGAAAGUAAAUUACAGCUUCCAAGUUUAUUUAAUACAUUAGCUCUAUUGAAGCAUAGAAUGAUAUCAUAUCAAGAGCUUUGCCAAGGGACAAACAACUUUUGUGAAAGCAACUUGCUUGGAGCUGGAGGUGUUGGUUUUGUGUACAAAGGGAUGUUGUUUGACAAAACAAUUGCUGCUAUUAAAUUUCUAAAUUUACAAUUGUUGGGUGCAUUCAAAAGUUUCGAUGCAGAAUGCAAUGUCUUAAGGACAAUACGACAUAGGAAUCUUGUUAAAGUCAUUAGUACAUGCUCCAACCCCGAGUUUAGAGCUUUAAUACUGCAAUACAUGUCGAACGGUAGCCUUGAAAGGUGGUUAUACUCUUAUAACUACUGCUUGAAUCUUCUUCAAAGAGUAAACAUUAUGGUUGAUGUUGUAUCAGCGUUGGACUAUCUCCACCACAGUCAAUCAGAAUCUGUUGUGCACUAUGAUCUGAAGCCUACCAAUAUCCUUCUAGAUGAGGACAUGAUUGCACAUGUAGGUGAUUUUGGCAUUGCAAAGAUUUUGGUUCAAAACAAGGAUGCUACACAAACCAAAACUCCUGGCACACUUGGCUACAUCACACCAGAGUAUGGUUAUGAAGGAAAAGUCUCAAUCAAAGGCGAUGUUUAUAGUUAUGGUGUAACAUUGUUCGAGAUGAUCACAAAGAAGAAACCUAUGAACAACAUGUUUGUUAGAGAGUUGACUAUGAGGCAAUGGAUAAAGGCAUCUAAUAGAAUGAAAGAAGUUAUGGAUGACAGUUUAUUGAAAGCAGAAACUAGAAGAAAUGUAACUAUCAUGCAAAGUGUUCUUUUAUCCAUCAUGAAAUUAGGCUUAAAAUGUUUUGAAGAGUUACCAGAUGAAAGAGUUGAUAUUAAAGAUGUGCUUGCAAAGCUUCAUAAGGUCAAACUGACACUUUAUGAAAACAAAAACAGAGCUGCAUGA